AUGGAGUCUCUGAUCCAAAGCAUGAGCAAGGUGCUCAUCGACCCAAAGUACGCAGAUCUCGAGAUCCGCUGCGGAGGGAAGAGGUAUGCGGUUCAUCGGGUAGUUGUCUGCAACCACUCGAAGGUGUUGGCGAGGGAGUGUGAUGGUAACUUCAAGGAAGCGCAGUCUCGAGUCAUCGAGCAUGGCAUGUAUGAUGCGCGAGCGGUGGACAGGAUGUUGCAGUUCAUGUAUCGUGGUGACUAUGUUCUCGACACUGUCGUGCCGUGUGUGUCUACACUCGACACUGGAGCCGAGGAGAGCCAGGGCGUGCCAAUGUGGGACGGAGCUCGACUGCUGACGCAAGAUGCCAACGAGGACCGCGACCGCGAACAGCCUUCGCCGCCCAAGGACAUCGAGACCACAGAGGAUCCGCUGAUUGCUCACGUCUUCGUCUACGCCAUUGCCGACUACUACGAGAUACAAGAGCUCAAAGAUGUUGCUCUUCAGAAGUUCACAAAGGAGCAGCUAGCAAGGAAGACCAUCGGCGCCGAGGAGCUGCUUCAGGUUGCUAGGAUCUUGUACGAGCACACAUCAACCGAAGCGAUUGCCCUGCGAGCGCAGCUACUGGAUCUGAGCUACCGCCACCCCACUGCCGCUGUCGAGAGCGAGGUCUUCAUGAAAGCAGUGGCAGGACAACAGGAGUUGCAGGAGUACAGCGCCGACUUCAUGUCCGAGCUCGUCCGCCGCCACAGGGUCGAGCGAGAGGAAGACGCCAAGUCGCAUCAGGAGGCCGUGAAGAAAGUCAAGCAAGAUCUCGGCAGGGCACACAACCUCGCUACCAACAACGCUGCGACUGUCCAUCUGCAGGAGAAGCAACGUCUGGAGGCAAGGCUUAGUCACGAAGCCGCAGACUACGCUAUCCUCAAGUCGUCCCGAGACACAGCCCAAAAGCAAAUCGCACAGCUUCUGGCGGUUUCGACGAUGAAGACGUGCAAAUUGUGCGCUUUUGGCACCGAGUUUGAUACAUUCCUGAACGUCACUGACUAUUGCGCGCAAUGCCGCAGCUGCAAGAAGCGGAAUGUGCUGCCAGUUGCGGAGCAGCCUGCACUGUUCUUCUUCAAGCCGACAGUGACGAGGUAA